AUGAGUGACUACUCAUCAUUGAAAGUGGCUGAUCUGAAGGCCGAGUGCAAGAAGCGCGGCAUCCCUCAGACUGGUCUUCGCCUUAAGCAGCAAUUCAUUGAUAAACUGGUUGAGCUUGACUCACAAACAAACCAAAUUCCGACCGAAGCAGCAGCUCCAGCAGAAGAAUCCACCGAAUCACAGCCAUCUGCGCCAGAUGCUGUGCCGCAAGCAAAGUCGCAGCCCGAAGAAUUAGAGAAUGAACAGCCCGAGCAACCAAAGGAAGAAUCAAUCCAACAAAACGAGGAAACAACAGCACCUGUGUCAGUGUCGGACGGAGCUCAUGAUGCACAAAUGCAAAUAGACCAGUCGGCCCAAGGAGAGGCAGUUUCGGCAGCCGAUGUGAAAUCGCAAAAAGUGGAAGAGACCGUGACACCUGCGGACGCACAAACAAAGUCAAAGACCCCUGAAAAUGAAAAAAAUGCAGCUGUGCCUUCCCAGCUACAAAUGGAUGAAGCAGCCCAAGAUACGAAACAGGAGGAGUCCGUAAAGGCUCAAGAAACAUCGAUUACGUCUGCUGCCCAGACCUCAGAGGUUGACACUGGGAUAUCGACACCUCUCCCAGUUGAAGAAGCAUUGGAGGAUACACGCAAACGGAAGCGCCGCAGCCAAAGCCCGGCGCCUACUCUAGAAGAGAUUGCGAAUAGGAAGGCUCGUGCAAAGGAAACAGCCCCGCAGGCGUUGGUGAAAGAUGGUGAGGUGUCUGUUUCUCGUGAUGAAGGGCUUAGUGAUUUAAAGUCUGAAGAUCGAAAGGCAGCAGAGGACCACACAGACAAACAACCUAUUGAGACGCAAGCAGAUUCUCACAAAGCCCCCACCAAGCAAGACGCUCGGUUCCGCAACCUAUUUCCACCUACCGAUGCAUCAUCCCAACCCGACUCACCCCCCAAAGAUAUCACAAUGCAGGAUGCAGACACCACCCCCGCAUUGCACGCUGCAACUUCUGCCCUCUACAUCGACGGCCUUAUGCGCCCACUACAGCCGGCUGCACUCCGCAAACACCUGGCAAGCCUUGCAUCUGCCUCUGGGACCACUGAUUCUGAUCCCAUCAUUGACUUCCAUCUCGACGCUAUCAAAACUCACUGUUUUGUGAGUUUCACCAGUCUCGCAGCAGCCUCGCGGGUUCGUUCUGCUGUCCAUGGGACUGUGUGGCCCAACGAGCGCAACCGCAAGAAUCUCCGAGCAGAUUUUAUUCCUGAUGAGAAGAUCAAGGAAUGGAUUGAGAUAGAAGAGAAAUCCCGUGACCGCCCUGGCGCUGCUGCCCGUUGGGAAGUGAGAUAUGAGACAUCUGAUGACGGAACCACGGCUACCCUCGCCGAGGUGGGCUCCGCCCCCUCAGGCAGACGUGAAUCAGGUUUCAACCGUACUCCUCCAUUGGGCCCGCGCGCCGAUCUUGAGCAGCUUGACCGUCGCCCCUCAAACGUACCUCCUGCGGCUCCCGUUCCGUCACGACCUGGACAAGGGUUCAAACCUCUGGAUGAAUUGUUCGAAUCUACCACUACGAAACCUAAGCUGUACUACCUUCCUGUUCCACGUCCCGUUGCCGACAAACGUCUGGACCAAUUUGAUGAGCUGAUCAAGAAGGGCUCAUUCCCGCGCCGUGGUGGUGAUGAGAUGCGGCGAAUUACUUUCGAAGAUGAUGAUAAGUUCGUGGACAUCGGCCCCGAACGAUUCACACCUGGACCUCGGCCUGGUCGUGGACGGGGACGCGGUGGACGACGUGGGGAUUCAUGGCGCUCUUGA